AUGACCAACCCUCUGGAAGGUCACUUUCGUAUCUUCAUCUUGAUACUAACCACAUGGGGACUGUCAGCCUUAUUUGCCAACAUCCUAUCAGUGCCGUUUAACGUGAUAUGUAUGACUGAAGGAAAGUAUCGCUGGGAAGACUUCAGUAUUGAUCUUGGUACUGGUGAGUCCAUUUUCAUUAUUGUAAUGUCAAUAGUUUAAAUAUCUUUUUACUAUUAUAAAUUACUGUAAUAUUCACAGUAACGUCAUUUAUACAUGUUACAGUAAACUGUAUGUUACAAAUAAAUCUUACCUUCAGAUGUCUUCACGAGAAUUGACUGGGAUCCCCCGAAGACCACCGAACGUCUCAGUGCACCAGACGUACCAGAUGUGCCAAGUUUCUGGCCAGAUGUGGAGAUUCCUGGAAUCAGAGUACCAACUCCAGGUUUCAAUUGGCAAGGGCUGAGGUUGGCACGACAACAUCCCGACCUGUUCCUGAGGCUGCUCCAGAAGGUGACCAAAGAAGUCAGCUACAGAGCAGCCGUCAGGUUGGGAGAGGCUCUUGACCCCAGGGAUAUUGACUUCAGAAGGUUUUUGAACGGUAAGUUUACUGUAAUAUAGGUUUUUGAACGGUAUGGGUAUUGUAAUGGAGGUUUCUGAACGGUAAAUGUACUGUAAUGUGAUCAUAACGUUGUUGUCUGAUAUGUAGGUCUACAAUUAUAUUUCAGGCUUCAAUCUAACCGAAUACGAGCCGGGUGUCGUGUUCAAGGUAAAGCGUUACGUAGUCGAUCGUAUCCAAUCGCUACAACGUGACAUUGAAGUGAUCGACACUCACGGUCGACGACUUUCAAAGUGGAACAACGUGACUAUAGAGGUGAGUAACGUCAGAACAUAACUUUUUAAUCAAAAUACUGUAUUAUAUACUUACAGUAAUCCACUUUUAGGACGUUAAACUGCAAAACAUAACGUGGAACGGUGUUAUCAAUGGCAGAGUCAGAAUCCAGGAAAAGGCUCCAGAUUACGUCUACAGUAGCUGGCAGAAGAUCUGGCUGUACGCGGCAGCCGGUUUUGGUACUAUUCUUACUGUAGGACCGUUCAGUAAAGUGUUUGACAAGUGGGGCUGCAGGUAAGAUGAUAUGUUAAGAUGAUGGUGUGAGCUGCAAUAUUAUGUUAACGUUGAUAGUAUUUGUAGUUUAUGUAAUAAAUUUAAAAAAAAAGAAAUAUUAGGUUGUUUACUUAAUUCUGCGCCCUCUCUUUUUACAUUCUAAACUAUAUUUUUUUAGGAAAACAGUUACAGUAGCAGCCCUGAUAUCUACCGUAGCCACCUUCUCCAUCCCCAUCGCGGCUUCUAUAGGCUACUUUGCAUUCACGAUAGUACGAGUGCUACAAGGCGUAGGCUUUGCUGUAGUCUUUCCUACUGUAGGUAUCGUAACCUCGAGUUGGGCAGCUUUGAACGAGAACGGUCUAUUCAAUGGUGUACUCACUUCUUUUACUGCGGUAAUUUGUGUUAUAUUAUGUAUGAUAAUUGAUAGUUAAGCUUACAUUGUUAAUGUCUUUGGUAUGUUCUUUGAUAUUAUCUUCCUUGUAGUGAUAAUAAGUAAUAUCUUAUCAAUACAUUUCACAACAGUUUACUUUCAGAUAGCUGUACUAAUCACGAUGCCAUUGUCAGGCAUCGUAUGUCAUCUUAGUUGUUGGUCAUGGUCGUAUUUCCUUCACGCAGUAAUUACUCUGGUGUUUACUAUUGUUUGGUGGUGUUGUUACAGGUUGGUUUUUGAAUUUACUUUUCAGAGUACUAUGAAAACUAGGUAACAUUAUAUAAAUAUGUAUUGAAGAAGCAUAAGUUUGUAUGUAAAGUAAUACACAAACUUUACAGAGAUUCACCAUCAGACAGUGAAGCCGUCUCGAUGAGUGAAUUGAGGAGGAUUCAGGACGGUAAGAUCACCGACUUCAGGCUCAAACACAGUAAGGUGAGUACCUUUGGAACAACUAUUGUUACUGUAGAGCAACUACGGUUACAGUAUUAAACUUUUUAUUUAUUUUUGAGUAUCAUAUCAGCUGAUGCUUUAGGUACCAUACAAAGCGAUUCAUACAGACACAGCUGUUUGGGCCGUCUGGGUCGCGGCUACUGGAAAGUUGUUCACUAUCGUCAUUCUUCUCUUCUACUUGCCUAUCUACAUUCACAAGGUAAUACUACUUCUCACCUUGAAAAAAACAUUGGGUUACUGUAACUUUUUUCUCUGAGAAUGUCAGAAGCUACUUUUACUGUUGUACCUCAGGAUUUUUCACCGAUCAAAGCGGUAUAUGACGAUAGUACACUCCCUUUCUACUGAUCCCUGGUUAGAGCCGCCUCCUUCCUUUCAAUUUAAAAUUUUUUAAUUUCAGAACUUUGCGUACCAACUAAUCAAGGUUGGCCUGGUCUUGGCCGUACCAGCUUUCCUUCAGUUCGGGCUAAAGUUGGGAUCAGGCCUGGCCAGCGACGCCUUAAAGCAGAAGAGCGAGACCACCAAGGUCAAGCUGUUCAAUAGUCUGGCCUUCUUUGUCGCGGCUCUUCUUUUCAUCUUUGCCGCCUUUGUCCAAUCUACUGAGCUGGACGUGGUUACUGUAGUUGUUAUAUCACUCGCUUUUAUCGUGCUUGGCUUCGACGCUGCCGGAUUCUACAAGAGUUCGCCUGUGAUUGGAAGACAGUACGCUUACUACAUCAACUUGUACAUACAGGUAUGGUUAACAUCCUAAUCUUAUUACUUAAAAUUAUUUGUACUGUAAAAGCAUUAAUAUAUAUAUAUAUCAUUUGUUAAAUGGGCCUUGUUUUAGGCAAUUGCUGGAUUUGCGAUAUUGCUAUCGCCAUUGUUGGUCCAAGUACUAGCCCCAACUACCAGUCUGGCUGAGUGGAUUCUAGUCUUCUGCACGAUCGUGGUGCUUCUGGCAGUUAGCGGAAUCUUCUUUGCUCUAAAAGGAUCAGGGGUUCACUGUCUCUUCACCGAAAACAAUCAACUCCCAGCCAACAGCAAAGAGCUCAAGGAACUGAACAAAUAA